AUUUUAGUUUUGAUCGGAGUUUUGAAUAGUCGACACUGGAUAAGUUCAAAAUGUUAUUAACAAUAUAUCUCUCUUCCAUGAUGGCUAUAUCCUACCUAGGGAUACACAUUGUGGAUUGCUCAAGGAUGGUGUGUAACGGCGAUAAUUAUAAUUGUCGCUAUGGGGAAAUAUGUGCAACGUCAUUGAACUGUGUAAAUGACGAUAAUUGUGUUGACCACUGCUUGCCUUGUACAUGCGAAAAUGGCGGCACAUGCGUUUAUAAUAUUACAAGUCCAAACAAAGCAAAAAAUAAACAAGACGAAACUAUACGUUCUUGCGUAUGUCCAAGUGGUUUUAAUGGAAACAACUGCGAAACAGCAAUAGACGAGUGUGCCUCGAACCCAUGCCUUCACGGGACAUGUGUAGAUUUACAUGACGCGUUCUUGUGUAUUUGCAACCCUGGAUGGGAGGGGGUGCAGUGUGACCAAGACAUUGAUGAAUGUUUAUCUAACCCAUGCGGAGAAAAUGGUAACUGCACUGACCUGGAAAAUGGGUAUGAUUGUGAAUGCCCCUUUGCAUAUACCGGGAACUGCGACUGUAUUGACCCCCUGAUGGCAAACCUGGUUUACGGUUACAAUGACGUAUACGACUCGAGUGCAGGUUGGGGCGGACAAGCAGAGUUUGCUGUCAACCAGGAUUUUAGACCAAUUCACGCCAAUCAAUACUGUCAGCACAGUGCCACCUCGGACUUGACACCAUCCUGGACCAUUAAGUUGAUCCAGUCAUUCCCAAUAAGGAGAAUUGUUAUAACGAACAGAAUGGAUUGUUGCUCGGACAGGUUAAGAGAUCUGAACAUUACGGUAGGAACUGAUAUCUGCGCUACAUAUGUUGGUCCCGCCACUGGAAUACAGACUCUCACAAUCGAGUGUGAUACAGAUGAUUUGGUUGGAGAUGAAGUCACCAUUACGAAGAAUGGAAAUGGACUAACUUUGUGCGAAGUCGAAAUUUAUUCAUUUAGAUAAACUGGUAGAUGACUUCAAAGAUGUUUCUAACAAUUCUUAAGCAACAAGACUUUGACAACAACCAGCAAAACAAAACAUUUGAAUCUUUCACAAUAUUUAUUUUCAGUCCAUAUUUUCUUCCUAACACUUAAGGUGUUUUCAAAAUUGAUCAGAUAUAAAUAAAGAAAUAAAGUAAACAAAGACUUAUCAAAUGUUCCUAUUCAUAGAUGUAGAGGAUUUGUUGAGAUACAACAGACCCUUAUUCGGAGUUUAAUCAUAUAUUGUGACGAUGAAUAUAAAAACCUAUAAAAUGAAUAAUGCAAUAUGUAAAAACAUGGAAAUGAAAAUAAAACAUCAUUCCAAC